ACACACACGCAAAGCUCUUUAACAUGUGAUACUUCUCUGCGUCAACAUGGCAGGCUCUUUGUGAUAUUCAGGGUUUUUUUUUACCGCGGUGAAAAUUUGGCUUGUGGUGUUGUGGUACGUGACGAAUCGUACUUUGAACGUGGUUAGCCAGGUUUCAGAGGAUCCUACUACCGCCAUCUUCAAGAUGGAAAUAUAUUCCACCGAAACGCUACAACACUACAAUACGAAGUAUUCCAGAAAACCAAAGUAUUGUUAAAAUUAAGCUAAUGUGUGCCGGUAGAGGUGAAAGGCGUUUGUUACGAGGACAAGUGAACGAGUGCACUUUGGCGUGUGCAGUGACUGCUCGUAAGAAAUCAAAUAUCGACCAAACGUGGUUUGUGAUGGACGAGAUUUAAGAUUUGAUACAGGAAAAGCAGAGAUUAUCAUAGCAACAGAACGAGGUUUUUGGGACGAAAUAUCAUCCUGGAUUUUGACUUUCUGUCCUUUAACUUUGUUUAAAAGGAGGAUGGAUCUGAACUGAAAAUAAAAUUGUCUCUGUGCCUAAGUGUCAUGCAUAGGCCGACACAUUGUUCAGUGUCCAUACAUUUGAUGAACCUGACGUUUUGAUAGCUGGCUGUACUCCCAUCUCCAGGGUUAGUCACCAGUGAAUUGUAAUGGACACGGAUCCCGGAAUUCUGUGUUUUCAGCAUUGCAACUCCAAGGUGUUCUGUUUUAAACUGCCUGAGAAGUGUCCGUUAUGCAGCAGUCAUCUAUCAACUGCACAUUUCAGGCUGUUACCUUUCAGAAUCCCGUACCCAUUUGUGCGAGCGGUCCAGUACCCAUGCUCCAUAGUGAUCAAGCCCACCACUGGCGAUUUUUUACAUGACUAUCUGAAUUGUAUGGAUCUGCAUAUCGGAGUGACAAAUUCUGAAGGACGAGUUGUCGAGUUUGAUAGGGCUGGCUUACAGCAAUGUAGAACAGGAAUGUGGUAUCAGUGUCUGGUAGUGGACGGGGCAGCCGGGCCUUGGCGGGAACACUGGGACUGUACCUUGAAAGCGAUGACUGACCAGGAUUGCUGGUCGCCACAGAGGUAUAAUGAGGAGACAUUCAACUGCUAUACUUUCGUACUGACAUUUCUGCGUAAUCUACGCUAUGGAAACCUGAGCAAGGCAGCCGGCAGUCGAACAGUGUUCUGCGAAAAUUUCAUUGUACCUCGAACGACAGCAGCAGGAAAAUACAUUUCUUUGUAUCGCAAACUAAGUGACAUGGAUUGUUACAUUCAGAGACAUCCUGGCGCGGACGUCGCUUAUGUCGCUCUGCCGAAAAGAUGAUGCGAUGUGUUCUGUAGUGGAGAUUGCUGUACGUCGUACUGCAUCUGGAAAUCUAAAAGAGAAGGUUUUGGAUUGACACUGUCCAAACGUGGAAAGAUAGUGCUUGGAAGAAAUUAAUGUUUUCAGAGUGUUGGUGCAGUAAUGAAGCAAGUCUCUUGCUUUACUUCAGUUUUUAUCUAAGUCAUGGCCCAACCCAAGUUUUCUCUAUGUAUUUUAUUUCAUAAACUUUUUGUUUUUCAUAUUUUUGUCAUCAUAAUCAUAGCUUAAAUUCCCCAUAAUUUUUAAUACAAUAAAAUAAUUGCUUUGCACAAAUAA